UCCUCAUCAUCCCGCGCGCUUUUUUUUGUUCUUUAUUUCUUACUUUUUUUACUCACAUUGCACCGAUUUGGCACCACAGCCAAAACUGAUGGAGCUUAUUUUUUUCUCAUUUCCCCCCCUUAAAGAUUUGGCCAUAAGUCACCCUGGUGUGCGAGUGUACAUCUCUUUCACGUGGCUAUGACCAAAAAAACAGACUUUCAGACCGGAAGAAUAAAAAGUUUUGUGUGUUCUAAUGGAUCACGAAACCAUGCUGUUCACGCACUGUACGACCUAGCACUAAACCGUUUCUCGAAGUUCAAAUAUUCACAUUGAAAAUCCAAAAACUUUUGAGCCUGUUUCAUUUAGACGAAAGAAUGGUAAUCUAUUUACAAUUGCCAUGCCAUUGUUCGGGGAAACUUACGUAUGACUCAUCUUAGUAAUAAGUAAACGAGUUGCUAGUUCGUACGUGCGUAUUCAUCGACGAGGAAGCACCCGGGAGUUGUGUGACGAAUCAGCGCGCGCGCUUUAAAGUGUCUGGUAACGUUGGAUGAUGAAAACGAUCAAUACAGUUGGGUGUGUGUCUCUGUGACGAGAGAAAAAAAGGAAAAAAAAUGUAAAAAAAAAAAGAAAAGGAAUAUUGGAUAGUGAGUAGAAACGCCGGCGGAGUUAGGAAGACUCUCCCCCCUUCCUAGCUCCACAUCGUGAGACGAGAACACUCGGACAGAUCGCUGAAAAAACCGCUUUAAAUUGGGCUUGACUUUUGGUGGAACCAAAGGCCAGUGCUGGCACUUACGCAGCCAUAAGUGUAUACUUUCCGACAAGCCUAAUGUCGCCAUUGUGAACCAGACUGAACGUGAGAUACUAUGGGCCAACCCUCUGGAGGGAGUAAACCAGUAGACGAUAGAAGUCGGUAGGGCUCGGUGCCGGUUUGUUUUUGGCUCUUGGUGUGUGUCUGCACCGUGUUCACCUUCCUAUUUUUCAGCCUUUUUUUUUUUUCCUGUUAUUUUGUUACGUUUUUUUUUUUUUUACUGGGUGAAAAAAGUUCUUUCCGUUGCGGUUUUAAAAAAUAUUUUUUCUGUGUGAAGAAAAAAGUUUUUUUUUCCGCUCGAGUUCGCAUUGUGUCACGUGAAUAAUCAUCUGAUUUUGUGGUGGGAUCCGCUUCAAUGCAGUCAUUCAAUUGAAGAGAAGAAAAAGUGCUUGUGUGAGAGAAAAAAAGAAAUAAUCAGUUGAAGGGGGGGAGCCUUCGGCGGUUGAUUCUUCACGGUCCUACAGAUCUACAGGUUUGACGACAUGUCGACCAUCAAUGGAGAUGGUGGACGGACGACUUCGUUGCCGAAAACGAAUGGAGAAAAGUUCAAUGGGACGUCAGGUGAAGCAACGGACGACGUGAAAGCAACUCAGCAACAUAUCAAAAACUUGGAAACGGAAUUGAAACACGCACGCGAAGCUCUUUCAGCUCUGAAAGCGGACAGGAAACGAUUGAAAGCAGAGAAAUUUGACGUGCUGAAUCAAAUGAAACAACUCUAUGCUACGCUAGAAGAUAAAGAGAAAGAGUUGAGAGAGUUCAUCCGCGCCUAUGAAAAGCGGAUGCGGGAAAGUGAAGCUGCGCUGCGUCAAUUAAUACAAGAACGUAACGAAGCAGAACGAGAAAAAUGGACGAUACUGCGGCACGCACGAGACGAAGCCGAACGUUGUCUCACCGUGACAACUCAAUUGACGGCCCGCGACGCCAAAAUCGAACAACUUCAAGAAGAACUUGCUCAGGUCCGCAUGCAGUUGAGCCGGCAGCAACAGCAGAUGGCCAACCAGCGGAUUUCACCAACGAUAGCAAUCACGGCGCCCAGCAGCAACCAGCAACAACCCCGCCAAUCCACAGCCACUACGGCGAGACAAAAGAGGUCCAGCGUCAGUUCCAUGGACAGCGCUGCUGUCGUUUCGGACGCUUGCGAUGAGCCUCUUUAUUCACGGAUCGAUCACAGCAGCAGCAACGAAAGCCAGCAGGCAACGACUGCGGCCAUGUCCUCGAUAACCGCACCCAAUAAUCAUGACGGCGCAGCAAUAGCGGCAGCUUUAGUCGAUCAACUGAUGGCUGACGUUGAUUCGCUUUCAAUGAAUUCCAUCGUGCCCGGUAGUUUGCUGUCGGCAGCCACGAUGGAUUCCGGUGACGUUAGGAAACUUGACGAGAUGACAGGCCAGUCCUUGGCAUCUGAUUCUGGUUGGAAGUCGACCGACCAGCUGAGUUUGGCCAGUUUUGGAAGUAAAACGACAAACAAAUUAAUUUUGAACAAAUCGAUGUCGCGCAACAGCGGAACGUGGGGCAGCAUUUCUCGUGUCUUUUCUCGUGCCAGCAAGCAACGAAAAACGCUCGAUCUCUCCAUCUAUGAAGGUCCUCCUCAACGGGAUUCAAGGCGAAGUUGGUCGCCACGAAGUUCAUUAUGCACCACCCCAUUGACUGAAGAGACUGUGGCUGACCGGUUUCGAUUCUGGGACGAAGCCCAGUGUUGGGCUGUUGAACGUUGGAAAGCUGGACAUGUCUUGGCCUGGUUAGAAUUUGGCAUGGGCAUGGGCCGUUAUCUGCCCGCUUGUGCUGAAAACAUCAAAAGUGGCAGGGUUUUACUUGAGUUGUCAGACGCAGAAAUCGAAGCCGGUCUGGGACUCAAUCACGCCAUGCAUCGGAAAAAAGUUCGACUAGCGAUCGAAGAGCGACGGCCUGGACAACCGGUCCGUUACCCGCUGUUGUCAACACUGGGAAAUUCUUGGGUAGCCAAUGAGUGGCUAACCGACAUAGGGCUGACCCAGUACGCUGACACGUUUCGUACCUGCCUGAUGGACGCUCGACUACUGGACAAUUUGACCAAACGUGAAUUGGAGAAGCAUUUGGGUGUAACACGAAAAGCUCAUCAAACAUCCAUAGUGCAGGGCAUUACUUUCCUCCGGAUGAUCAAAUACGACCGACAAGCAAUUAACGAGAGACGGAAACAAUGCGAUGUCAUUGACUGUGAUCCCCUGGUAUGGACCAAUCAGCGCUUUAUCACCUGGGCAAGAGGAAUUGACCUGGCGGAGUAUGCCGACAAUCUCAGAGAGAGUGGUAUUCACGGCGCUCUGGUCGUUCUGGAUCCAACUUUCAACGCUGACGUCAUGGCGACAGCUAUGGGUAUUCCCGCGUCAAAGAACAUAAUACGUCGCCAUUUAGCUACUGAACUGGAAUCACUCGUCCAAAUAACCCGAGCAAGAUACGAACAACGUAGUCGACAAGCGCGAAGUGAACGGAAACGAGUGGAAAAAAUGGACGGUAAUGCUAGUUUGGGUCGAAAUUUGUCACGCUCUUUCACCACGGGAUUGGUGUCAAGUGACCCUAAUCAGGAAGAUAUUUACGGCCGCUCGACGGAAAAUAACAGCAUGUUUGGCAUCAAAUCUAACGUUAAAGCGAGCUUUCACGCAUCAUUAAGCAGGGCAUUCGGUCGAAAGAUUAAGCAAGAUCGAGCUGUAGCAGCGGCUGCGACAACGGCCUCAGCAAAUGGGAACAUAACAACGGCGGAUGAUUGUGACGCCUUGAUAGCCAAUAGUUCAGACACUAUAGGAGCUCCAGCGUCGGCUAGCUCAUCUUCAAUUUACUCCGACGCCAGAGAUUGGACGCUCAAAACUUCGCAAGCGGACAAGCACCGACGCGUCAAGUCUAACAGUGAUAUCGAGAAAAUAACGGUGACUAGAGUAUAAAUUAUUUCUAUUAUUCCUGGCAGCAAUCAAAGCCAGUUGUUUACAACAAUUUAGUAUUUUUGUUAGCACAGAAUUUUCUACGGUACAUUUUUUUGUUUCUCAUAUCUAUAGCUCAGUUGUUAGUAAUUUAAAGAAUUCUCUUACGAUAUAUCCUGGACAUUGGAUCGGUGAUUGUUGUGAUGAUAUUUCAUGUACAUUAUUUGUUCUUUAUUGUGGGUGUGAAAUUGUGAAUAAUAUGUAGUUAUUCGGCGCGUCAUUAAUUAGUCAGAUCGCGACGAUUGCCAGUUAUACAAAUUAUACUAUACGAAUAAACGCAUUGAAUUAUUCGACAAAA